AUGCCAUCGAAGUAGAGCAGACUAGUGAACUCUGUAUCGAAAAACAUCCCAUCAAGCUUUUAAUUAAAGCAAUUAACUGCAAACAGAACAUAAACAGACUAUGAAAACACAUUUCCAAUUAUAGGAUCAAUGAUUAGAUAAGAAUCAUAGCUACCUCCUGAGAAUAAGGAAAAAAUUCAUAACAAUUCUACUUCUCAAAUUGAAGAAUCUUAUAUAAAAGAGGAGGACAUUUAUAAUUGUAAAUAAAUAAAAAACUUUCAAAAUUAAUGCUGUGACUUGCUUAACAAAAACUUUCAAACAAAUACUUCAUCUUAUUCGGAUAAAACUAUUGGCAAAAUAAAUUCAGUUUCUUACAACUAAAGAGUAAGCAUUGAAAACCAAAUGUCAAUCAAUUUACUCCCUCUUCAUGAUUUAGAAUUCCCAGGAUUGCCUAAAAAGUCUUAAAAUUUUCUACCUCUUAUCCAAAGCUAUUCAAUCGACGGCACGCAAGUUAACAUUUAAAAGGAAUGCAAAAAUAGUCAAUUUUCGUUUCUAAAUCAAACACAACUAUCGAAUUCAAGCAUUUCUAACCAUGUAAAUAAGUAAUAGUAGCAGUAAAUUUAAAGAAGCUCUGUAAAUUAUUAUUUAAAAUUGUAUUUUUAUAUUACUGAACAUAACCUAAACAAAAAGCUAUCUAAAGUGAGAAAGAAUUCAAAUUAUUCACCACAAAGAAGCUCGAUUAGCUUUACAAAGGUAAAUUAGAACAACAAUUUAUUUGGAAACGAAAUAGAAUUGAGAGAUGUGUAAAUGAAACGAAAUUCUUCUGAAGAAAAUUCCAAAAAAACAAGAUCAUUAGAAUAAUAGCAUUAAUAAGUUGUAUGUGAUAAUAAAAUGUUUUGUGAAAAAGAGCAAUAAUUAAUAGAUUUUGUAGAAGCUAAAAAGAAAUAAUUUUUAGAAGAAAAUUAAAAAAUACCAACAAAUUUAGAUUUAUUUUUUCAUUCUUAGAAGACAAUAGACCAUGCUAAAAGAAAAUCAUCAAACAUGUCAAAUUUUAUUGAUUACUGUGAUUACAAAGAAAUGUUUUAGUCUUAUAAAAACAAUUUUAACAGCCAAGAAGAAUCUUAAAAAUUUGAAUCAAGUGUUUUUACAAAUUGA